AUGUCUUCUCUUAAUACUCUACUUGUAAAUAUGGCUAAAGAUUAUUACAAAAUUCUCGGUGUAGCGAAAGGUGCGAGUGAUGAUGAGAUCAAAAAAGCCUAUCGAAAGAUGGCUCUGAAAUACCAUCCGGAUAAGAAUAAGGAACCUGGAGCGGAGAAUAAAUUUAAGUCCCAUACGCUUAAAUGUCAAUACUGA